AUGGCUGACUGCUUCGCGAGGCUUGAGGCGAAGGCUAACGCGAGGAAACGUAUCGCACCCCUAGAGCGAAACGUCUGCAAGGUCCCGGAGGAGCCUAAGCAGUUUACGCAGAACCAAGAUGACCACGUAACCCUCCAGAUCGUUGAGCAGGCUGAGAACCGAUCAUUCGCUCGCCUGGGACACACUAUCAACUACCUCGACGACUCCCUACCCGACGAACAGCCGAACCAUAAGGCAUACGUCGAUCUCACAUACGCGAACACAUGCGGCCCCCAUUCACAAGGUCAGCAAGACAUUGAAUACGUGCCUACUCACCGCAUCGUCGACGUCACAGACCCGAAAUGGUAUCCAUCGCUGGCAAAGAUCUUCCACCAGACAGAGUACAUCAAAGACUACUGGAAGGGCAUGCAUGCCGGUUUGGUGAUGUCAGACUACAAGUUGUUCCUAAUCACCAUCAAGCACAACAAGGAACAUUGCACUAGCAACGUGCAUGCGCACAAGCAGGACGUGCCAAACCUAGUGAAAGACUUGCGCAUCGUCACGCGUUCAUCGCCAAUUAUCUUCAUGCUUGUCCGAUCACACAAUAUCGACAAGCUUAUGCAAGGACUUAUCAAGCGUUUCCAUGACCUCGCCCAUAAUGACCCAACCACCGAAUUCUACAAGUCGCUCAACAACCCAUCACUAUCCAACACCGGUGUGAAAGAGACGUCGCAGCUCCCAAAGUUCACCGCGCUGCCCCAGAUGCAUUUCGGUACUUGGAAAGAAUUCAGACACGAAGUAGGUAUCGGCGCGCUCAUCGAACAACGUUUUCAGAUGGGAAACCAAGAAUACAACGCGAAGGCCGCUGUGGUCCCAGUGCCAGGGUCUUUCAACAACGACGCAAAACUCUACAUGGCGUACCACUUGCAAGUCUCCGUGCGACACGAUGCAAACAAGCCCCGCCUCAUGCCGGGAGAUCACGUUACUGUUGACAUGAACCCCACUGCAGACACGCAGGCUGUCAACGAAGAGGUCUGGCGCGGCAGGGUCACAGAGCCGACCGGGGCCACAGCCAUGGGCAUGAUCAACGUCAUCGUCGAGCGACCAUGGAAGAACGGCACCGUCGCAGACAAGAUGGAGUACAACAAACUCCCGAUGACGCGCUUGAAAAUGAUGAGCAACGGAGACCUCCUGACAUGGACACAGAAGAACUGCAAGAUGAACAUCGUCAUCUACACCAAGAACGUUGACAAGGAAUGCAAGCGACUGAUGGAGAACCUUGCGAGGAUGACGCUUUCUGAAGGACAACGAGCAACCUACGCAGAGAAGGCCCGCCGCCUCGACGCAGCACGACAGAUGCUGAUCUGCACCGACCACGCGCAGUCCACAGCGACAGCCCUGUACGAAGACAUUGAAGCUCAACACCGCCGGAUCGCUAUCGAUUUCAUCACCAAAAUGCUCCAUCCACACCAACAGGAGGAAUUUGGACGAUGGGUCGAGACUGGGGUGUAUGACCGUACGAUAUGGCUCACUGGACUAUCAGGCUCGGGAAAGACAUACCUCGCCAUGGCCACCAUGCUACCAUACCUCGGCAACAAGCAAGUCGUCACUAAGGCAAAGAAGAAGGCCAAUAAGGAGAAAGAAGACACCGCAAAGCCCACUGACGAUGCAUCAGAGUCAGCCACGAAGGGCAAGACGGAGAAGCAGCAGCAAGACCGCUACAAGGAAGCCCGAGACAAUAUGGCACCUCCCCAAGCAUCACGCCGUACUGUCACCGAGCGAGGCCGAAUCACAAUCGCAGCUAUGCAGAACGAGGCUGUCGACUCACAAUACGUACUUAUGUCGGCUAUGGCAAAAGCAUACUGCCAACAGAUGGGGCUGCCAACCCCUCUGGUACUGCGUCUGCACAGCACGGAAGCCGAAGUCAAGGCAGUUGCAGCAAUAUCCAACCCGAACUACCAUCCAACCGCAGAAGUUUCCCGCACAGCUAUUAACCCGUCCGCCAAAAUCACAGAGGAUUUGUUGAAUAGCCUACUGUCCGAUUACUUGGCAGCCUUUCGCGGAGGAUGCCCAGGUAUCGCGGACCGACGCUUCAAGCAUAUCGAAGGAUCAGCGGCUCGGUACAUCCUACAGCUCGCACGAUUUCCCGCGUUCAAAGCAUCACAAGAGUUGCUCGAUGCCUUCUCAGAGGAAGAGCUCGAGGCAUGGGGCGAAGAGUUGAAACCCCUCCUCGACGCACGCUCAGAGCUGAGCAACACGAAGGGCAAGCCAAGUAAGGAGAUCAAGGACAAGAUUGCCACGGCGGCAAAGAUAGUCCUAAAUGUCCUCCUUGAGCGUGCCAGCGUGAUUUGCACCACAGUCUCAGUCGCAACGCAGGCAUCAUUCAAUAUGACGCGUCGCACACACGUAGUCGCCCUGGAGGAAGCCGGACGUGCCAAUGACGCAGAGACUGUCGGCCUUUUCUCACACUACUGGCAUGCAAGCCUACGAAUAAUCAGCGGCGCAGUGAACCAACUCCGUCCUGCCGCCUUCGGGGAUGAAAAGCAGAAUCCGUUCUCUAAGCUCCUCACCGUCUCUACUAUCGCACGCAUCCAAGCAACGGGUGGUGUUGUCAGUCAGUUGGAAGCAUCGUCCCGCUUCCACAAUGAAGCCCUGUUCAAGCUCUGCGCACACGUCAACGCAAUGCCAGGCAUGAAGCCAGUGCAGGGAGCAUUCAACGAAGAACUGUCAGAAAAGUAUGCCGAGAUUAACAAGAAGAUCUGGGGCAUCAAGUCAAAUUUGAUAUUCCUCAACACCAAGAACAUCACGACGCAGCGAGACGCCAAUCGCUCUACGUACUGCAGGGAGACUGCCGCGGUCACAAUCCAAGACGCAAUCAACCGCAUGGCAUACAUGGACGGCAAGGACCAUGUCAUUAUCACACCAUACCACGCGCAAGUGAUGAUGCUGCGACGCCAGCGAGACUACGCAGUAAUGGUGGCCCACUCGACCCGCAAGAACGCGCUCGCGAAGAAGUUGCUAGACAUUGAGAUCGUGACAAUCGACUCCUUCAUGGGCAAAGACCGCGCAUCAGUCACUGUCGACACCGUGGGAGCUGUCGGACACUUGUUUGAAUUCGAGAGAACUAUUGUUGCCACAACGCGGGCUCGCACUUCAUGCCAGCUGGUCGGACCAACGAUGGAGUAUACUGCCCCCAACUCCAAAAUCAAGCAGUCACAUCCCUUAACACAAGCGAUCCGUUACAUGAACAAGAAAAAGUGGAUUAGACUUCUAGAGUUCUCAGAGAUCCGAGGUAUGGAACCAUACCGGACCGCUAUGAUGGCUGCGGGCCUGGGCGAAGAAUGUGAAGUACAAGUAUACGUGAAGGCAUCAACGAUUGCCGACGUCAUCUAUGGAGAAGCGGAUCACGACCCAGUUGACCUCGAGAUCAUCGCGCGCAUGAAAGAGAUCAAGCCAAACACUACCAAGGCAUGAAGGCAUGGGCACUUCGGCAGAGAGGCACAAGGGAAUCUGAUGAUGGAUUUCAAGUG